AUGGCACCUAUUUCGGGGGACGGUGCGCUGUGGCUCUGUCUUGGUAUAUCGCUGUUCUUCGCCGUGCGCGGCAUUGUCAGCGACCUUCGCCAAGUGGUUGAUUUGACCGAGAUCAAGCAUAACGAUAGAGAAGAUAAGAUAAUUAGCGAAGGAACGGAGGAUGUCCUCAAGUUAGAUACCCUUCUCAAGCUCUCCGAGAGCACGAGCCAUGACCUCCGAGCUGCGGCUUUACGCAUAAUAUCUGAAAGGUCUACUAAGGGCGAAACGCGUAAUUUGCUUCUAGAAGAUCUAGAUUGCAAGGAUAAAGUUCGUCAGGCUCGUGCCCUGACUGCCCUCCACUUCUUAGUAUCUAAUAGAGCUCUUUCUCGAACCUCAGUCUGCACUCAUCUUCGAGACGUUACGACAUACACCGCGCUGAUCAACUGCCUUUGCAAUUUCCUGGACGACCACACUGAACAAACGUCUACCACAAAUUCACCUAUCCUGCCCAAGACCAGGCCUAUCGGAGAAAAGAAAGCACUUCACAUUUUGAACAUCUUGCUGCCAGAGAAUGUUCCAGCGGCGUUGGAAUCUGGCAUCGUUAGCCGCUGGCUCGUCAGAUACCCAUUCCCAUGUGCAUUGACCGAGCCAUCCCGACGACAAGAUGUGGUGAUUCUUAUGAAAACAUGGUGGUCUGACGACGCAGUCAUGAGCUCUAUAUUCGGGACUUUGACGCAGCAUCCAGAUGGAAUCAAGCAACUUCGGAAGCAUGGCUUGAUGGGCAGUAUGAUCGAAGAGAAUGACCAGGAUGAUGAAGACGAAGACGAAGACGAUGACAGUGAUGUGUGGAUGGUAGACGGGGAAGAUACCGCCGGCCCUUCGUUCCGAGAGUCUACAAGGAGAUUCCAGGAAGGAAGCGCAGAAGAGCAAGCACUUCGUCGCCGACGGAGGGAAGCUAUGGUUUUGAGUGAAGGUGGACGGCCUCUUGGACGUGACGAUAUCAUCCAACAACCAGUUCAAGACGAGUGA